AUGACAUGCUUGCCCAAUAUACUUCCCAACAACUUUCUUUCUUUCCCAGCCCUUUUACUCUGCCACAUCAUCUUUGCAUUGCCCACUCUUUUUGAUUAUGCUGCUUUUGCUUCUUCCUUAACUGGAAAACAAGCAACUGAAGCCACGGCUCUCUUGACGUGGAAAGCUAGCCUUCACAACCAAACUCAAAUUCUCAUGUCCUCCUGGGUUGGAACCAACCAUUGCACUUGGCUUGGAAUUGGUUGCAACAAGGCUGGUAGAGUUGCACAUAUAGACCUUCAUGGUUAUGAUUUGAAAGAACAACUCACUUUAUGGGACCAUCCCCCCCCUCAUAUUGGUAGCCUUUGGAGACUCACCGUCCUUGUCUUGUCACUUAACAAUCUCUCUGGAACAAUUCCGACCGAAAUAGGCCAACUAACUAAUCUAAGAAUCUUGUACCUCAAUAGAAACCCAAUCGGUGGCUCCAUCCCUCAACAAAUAGGAUUGCUCAGCUCUCUCAAUGAGCUCAGCUUGUCUACUAACAAUCUCACCGGUUCAAUCUCUUCUUCAAUUGGAAACUUGGGCAACUUAACCAUUUUGAACCUUUUUGACAACCAACUUUCCGGAUCAAUCCCUCAAGAAAUUGGGAUGCUAGUGUCUCUUCACGGUCUCAGUCUCUAUAGUAACCAUCUCACCGGUUCAAUUCCCGCAUCUAUAGGGAACUUGGAAACAACCUCAUGGUACCAUCUCACCGGUUCAAUUCCCACGUCUAUAGGGAACUUGGGCAACUUAACCACUCUAUACCUUUAUGACAACCAACUUUCCGGAUCAAUCCCUCAAGAAAUUGGGAUGCUGAGGUCUCUUGUUCAUCUCGAACUCGAAAGGAACAACCUCACUGAUUCAAUCCCUCAAGAAAUUGGGAUGCUCAGACUUUUUGGAUCUAUUCCCCCAGUGUUCAACAAUCUUACACAUUUAACAGAGUUUAGCAUAAGUGAUAACAUGUUCAAUGGUCAUAUCCCAGAAGGCCUAUGCUUUAAUGGAUUGCUGGUUAAUUUUACAGCAAAUGGUAAUAAUCUCAUAGGUCCCAUCCCAAAAAGCUUGAGAAAUUGCUCUAGCUUAUAUAGGGUUAGGCUUGAAAGAAACCAACUUUCGGGAAAUAUAUCAGAAGAUUUUGGCAUAUACCCAAACUUGGAUUACAUUUAUUUGAGUCAUAACAAUUUCUAUGUGAGGUAUCCCAAAAAUGGAAAAAGUGCCAUAAUUUAA